AUGCGAGAUAUCUUGAAGUUCGGAGGCUUCAAGCUAGAAAAGGAUUUGCGGUUAACAAUUGCAAGACUUGAGGUAGUUGUUGAACGCAUGGAACAAAAGUUUGAUACUUUUUCAAUACAUUGCACAACGUCUUUGUUUGUAAUGGAGAAAAGAUUGGGUGAGAUUGGACAUAUUGUGUCCCAAUUUGUUGAUAAAUCGGGGACUGUGAAGGAUGCGCCACACGACAUGGGGGGAAAUAAUGAGGUUGAAUUGGAUGAUCCAAAAGCCUCAGAGGAAUGCUGA